CUCUUUUGUGAAGUGGCAGCUGAAGGGACUCCGGUGCUCGCCAUGGCCAACGAAAAGCCCAAGGAAGGAGUCAAGACUGAGAACAACGAUCAUAUUAAUUUGAAGGUGGAGGCGCAGGAUGGUUCUGUGGUGCAGUUUAAGAGUAAGAGGCAUAUGCCACUUAGUAAACUAAUGAAAGCCUACUGUGAACACAGGAACUUUUCAUGGUUGGAAAUGGAGGAUGAAGAUACAAUUGAUGUGCAGCAGACAGGAGGUGGCUACUAAAAAGUGAACCUGCUACUUUACUCCAGAAUUCUGUUCCUCCAGACCAAGAAGACAUUCUAAAUUAGAAAACCGCAAUUAGGUUCCACCACAU